CCAAAUUCUACAAUAUAUUUUAUAGUAUCCCUACUAUUUAUAGGGUUUCAUUCUGCAGUAGUUCGUUAGAUCCAUGACCUUAGCGGUUCUACUUUUUCUGGCAAUCCUGCCAAUGGGAAGAAAUGAAGGAGGGAAGUGUGAAACUGGUCUCCUGGUGGAUCCUCAGCAGUGCUACCCCCAUGAGGAGAUCUUUAGGAUCACCCAUCCCAUUCCCCUGCAAAGUAUCACCGCCAAGAGGAUGCAACUUCCCUGGUGGUGUCCCCUCUUGGAGAGCCUCUUCCUGCUGCUGCUGAUGAAGCUGCUCCAGUUGUAGAGGAGCCCCGAUGAGCCACCACCACCUUUCCGUAAUUGCCGCUGAUGUUGGCCAACAAUGGAGCGAGCCAAGUGGAGGCGACAAAUGUCACACAUGCUGCUCGUAACUCGUAAAUUGUAAAUCACAUCGGAAACUGUUUUUUCCCGCUGCUCUUGCCACACAUGAUAAUUUGUGGAGGUCUGGCCUAGGUGCUUCUAAUUAAAUUGUUCAAAAUGUUUUCAGCGCGCUUUUGGGCCUGGCGCUGGAAAAUCGCUGACAAAUGUUUCCGUCAAAACACAGAAAAAGUUUUCAUUUUG